AUGAGUGGUUCUCGGCCUGAGGCACGGGAAGGAAAUGUCGGUGGUGUUGCCCCCGAGGAGCUUUCCUUGAAAAAGGAAAAAGCUCCAGUCAAACCUCCUCAAGUCGAAUUUCAAGGGACCAGCAAAAUCUUCGAGUCGGGCAUAGACUUACCGGCGAUUUCCGUGCUAAUAUUGAUUCCGGGACUCGAAAACAGUGUCGAACGUUUGGUGGGAACAAAAACGGGAAUCAAGGUGUCCGCGUCGCGGGGCUUCGCCGUCGGCCCGACGUAG